AUGGCGCUGGCCCGGAGGGUCCGGACGCUGCUGACGGUGAACGUCCUGGUGUUCGUGGGCAUCGUCCUCUUCUCCGCGUACUGCCGCCUGCAGGACCGCGCCGAGGCGCUGGCGCCGGGCGUGCGCGGCGGGCCGGGCCGGGCGGGCGCGCGCGCCGACCGCGAGGCCAUCCUGCAGCGCCUGGACCAGCUGGAGGAGGUGGUGUACGGCCGGCUCAACGGCCUUGCGAAGCCCAUCGGGCUGGUGGAGGGCCCGGGCGGCCUGGGCCAGGGGGGUCUGGCGGCCACCCUGCGGGAUGACAGCCAGGAGACCGAAAGCAAGUUCGAGGAGUUCGGGUACAACGCGCAGCUCAGCGACCGCAUCUCCCUCGACAGGUCCAUCCCCGACUACAGGCCCAAGAGGUGCAGACAGAUGACCUACGCCAAAGACCUGCCCCAGGUGUCGGUGGUCUUCAUCUUUGUCAACGAGGCCCUCUCGGUCAUCCUGCGCUCCGUGCACAGCGUGGUCAACCACACGCCCUCCCAGCUCCUGAAGGAGGUCAUCCUAGUGGAUGACAACAGUGAUAACGCGGAGCUCAAGCUCAGCCUGGACCAGUACGUGCACAAGCGGUACCCGGGCCUGGUGAAGGUGGUGCGCAACAGCCGGCGUGAGGGUCUCAUCCGGGCGCGGCUGCAGGGCUGGAAGGCGGCCACGGCGCCCGUGGUGGGCUUCUUCGACGCCCACGUGGAGUUCAACACAGGCUGGGCUGAGCCUGCCCUCACGCGGAUUCGAGAGGACCGGAGGCGCAUCAUCCUGCCUGCCAUCGACAACAUCAAGUACAACACGUUCGAGGUGCAGCAGUACGCCAACGCCGCCCAUGGCUACAACUGGGGCCUGUGGUGCAUGUACAUCAUCCCACCGCAGGACUGGCUGGACCGAGGGGAUGAGUCCGCGCCCAUCAGGACACCCGCCAUGAUCGGCUGCUCAUUUGUGGUGGACCGCGAAUACUUUGGGGACAUCGGCCUGCUGGACCCGGGCAUGGAGGUGUACGGCGCGGAGAACAUCGAGCUGGGGAUGAGGGUGUGGCAGUGCGGCGGCAGCAUGGAAGUGCUGCCCUGCUCUCGCGUGGCACACAUCGAGCGCAGCAAGAAGCCCUACAACAACGACAUCGACUACUACGCCAAGCGCAACGCCCUGCGGGCCGCAGAGGUGUGGAUGGACGACUUCAAGUCCCACGUGUAUAUGGCCUGGAACAUCCCCAUGACCAACCCCGGGGUGGACUUUGGGGACGUGUCUGAGAGGCUGGCCCUGCGCCAGAGGCUGAAGUGCCGCAGCUUCAAGUGGUACCUAGAGAACGUGUACCCCGAGAUGAGGAUCUACAACAACACCCUCACGUACGGAGAGGUGAGAAACAGCAAGGCCACGGGCUACUGCCUGGACCAGGGGGCAGAAGACGAUGACCGGGCCAUCCUCUACCCCUGUCACGGCAUGUCCUCCCAGCUGGUGCGGUACAGCGCGGACGGCCUCCUCCAGCUGGGACCCCUGGGCUCCACCGCCUUUCUGCCCGACUCCAAGUGUCUGGUGGAUGACGGCAGGGGCCGCACGCCCACCCUGAAGAGAUGUGAGGAUGUAGCCAGGCCCAGCCAGCGGCUGUGGGACUUCACCCAGAGCGGUCCCAUUGUGAGUCGUGACACUGGCCGGUGCCUGGAGGUGGAAAUGUCCAAGGACGCCAACUUCGGGCUGCGGCUGGUGGUGCAGAGGUGCUCAGGACAGAAGUGGAUGAUCAGAAACUGGAUCAAGCAUGGACGGCACUGACCCUUCCUUCUCCACCCAGCGCAGAGCCCUGUGGAC